ACCACACAUUCCUCAUCUCUCUACAACCUUUAUCUCUCCUCGACUCUCCUCAUCUUCACUUUACUCUCAAAAUUAAAAUUCAGUCAUCUUUCUCUCGAGAUGGAUCCAUGGGUUGAAAAACAGGAAAGGAGGGAGAUGAAGAAAACGAAGAAACACUUGGACAUGGUUCAAUAUACAUGCGAUGCUGAGUACGGGAUUCCAAGAUCUUGCCCAUGCGGGGGACGAAUUGUCAACGAGGUUUCAGCUAAUCCGAAAGAUAAAGAUUUCUCACCAGGCCGCAAGUACUUCACUUGCGACAAGUUUGAGGAUGAUGGUCUCCACUUCCGUCAGCCAUGGGUCAUCGGAGUUGAGGAAGAGGUUCGCCGCUUAAGGAAGGAGGUGGACGACAUGGCUGCGGAAAUUGCAGCUCUGAAACUACUUAUCCCACGUGUUUGAGAAGUGUUAGUUUGUUUGAACAACUUGUAUGUCUUUAAUUUUCGGUAAAUACAAGUCUUUGUUUGUUAAGACUUGUAUGUGGAUCUCCUUGUACGUGUUUCUUAUUUGGAUUAUGUAUGUGAUGUUGUGUUAAGUUAA